AUGUUUUGGGACUAUGAUCCUGACUUAGUAAAUCCAAAUAUAGAGCAUCCAAUCAAUUUUGAUCUUAUUUCGUCGAAAUUAUUUACAAAUACAUACACAAACAUAUCAACUUUCAUUUCCGACAUUGCAACAUGUAUUGAAAAUGGAAGAAUUGGCUAUCCUGAAGGCUCAAUUCGUCACGCAGCAGCAGUCCAGCUUCAAAACUACUUCGAAGGCAUUCUUAACGCUGUGAAUCCCCUUGGUGGACCCAUUGCCAUGCCAUUGCAAUAUUUUACUAAAGAAUACAACGAAAAAUGUCGGCCACCAGUUCCAGAUAUUACACAAAAGAAACCUAAAACAGAAAAAGAACCAGGAUCUGAUAUAUUUACAAUCGAAAGCGACCCAAACGAUCUUUCAAUUCUUUACAGAGAUAUAAAAUUAUUAACUUCUUCAUCUUUAGUGUUCGAACUUGCUGCUUUUGCACGAAAACUACAGCCUGAUAUAAUAGUAAUCGGAAAUGAAGUUACAAUUAACAUAACGCUUCUUCGAGAAGAAAAUAGACCAAGUAUGAGAAAAUUCGUCACUUACCUCUUGAAAAAGGCUGCUACUGGAGAUAUCGAUGCAUACUCUAGACCGUUUGGCCGCAAAAUUUCACCAAUUCAUAUAUAUGAACGCGGAUUUCCAUCUGCUUCACAAUCUACGAUCGUUUCUACCAAAUAA